AUGAAGGAUUCUACAGCGAGGGAAACGGAGCAACAGGUACCGCCUUUCUCUCCAGUUGGGUCAACUCCGGUCAUGAACUCAAUCCAAGAGGAGGACUCUCCUAGAGUUGCGCAAGACGGCUUUCAGACUCCGUUGAAAAUUCAUGCUGAAAGCCCUUUCUCAAACUCCUCAAGGCAAGCCCCUUUUACCAGCAAUUCACUGUCACGACCAAAUUCCUCCGCACAUCAAUUCUACCUUUCAAAGGAUGGGGGUGCUAACAAUUCAAGCUCCAGUUUGAUAUACAAUACAAGCUUUACAUUUGGCGAUCAGGCGGUCGCAAAAGGCAGCACAGGUGAGUCGAAAAGAAACUCCAUGAAAUAUGUACCGGAACCUCAAUUGGCACCACCCAAAUCUAGUAGAUCCCCCGUCAGGUCGUCAUCUCCGGAUGCACGGUCAAGAAGAUCGUCUCAGCUGGAGGCUCCGUUCAAUUUUUCAUCCAUGAAUGCGCAAGGAAAUAAUACAUAUCCAUCUAGAACCUCUUUUCGUAAGGGACAUAGAUAUAAGCACUCUUCCGUUUCCAUGAACUUUUUCCAGGAGCCUGAGGUUAAAAUUCCACUGAAUAUUGCUAAAUCUCUACCUAUUCCGAAUUUCAAUGACAUGAUCAACAAUCUACCAUGGCCGAAGGCUUAUUUUCAAUUAUUUAUCACUUUUGCACAAUGCAUAAUUUGCAUAAUUGUUUUCCAAUUGGGUCACUCUAAAAAUUGGAACAAUUAUCUAACACUAUCUCAUUUUAUCAUAUAUGAUAUUAUUGGAUCAUUAAUAAUUAUACUUGUUGAAAAUCUAUCACAAUUUCAAGUUUGGUCUACCGGUACUAUCACUUUUCCAUUUGGUCUAAAUAGGAUUGACGUAUUGCUAAGUUUUGGUUUAGCCGUUUCUCUUUGUUUUGUUGGUUUGGAUUUAGUCUUCCAUAUAGUGGAAGAAUGCAUCGUUUUUUUCAUUGAAAAUGCCAAUGAAAUGGAAAUUGAAAAUGAGGAUCAUGACGAACUUGCAUCAAGAAUUCCACAUUCUCAUCAUUCAAAUAAUACAUUUAAACUUUCAGAUGGUGAUUCGAAUAUAUGGUAUUCCGUUCUGGCUAUAAAUUUACUGUUUUCUGCUUUAUCGCUCUACAAAAUCUUCUAUGCUAAUACGAACUCAAAAUUGAAAACAAAAAAUCCAGUAAUAACAAUAGUCUUCACAGCAUAUUUGUUCUUGUAUCCAUAUUUAUUCAAUUUUAUGCCCGUAUUGUCUGAUCACUUGGCCACUGUUGUAAUUGCAAUUUUCAUCCUAAUACAUGGUUUUAAGAUUGCCGAAUGGACCUCGACUAUUUUAUUAAUGGGGUUUUCAACAACUGCGUUACCAGCGUCAAGUUUGGUUCACGAUCCUUAUUCGAAUGAAGAGAGUCAAACUGAUUUAAAGGUGAAGAAGUCCAGAAAGAGAGCAUUGAGCACAUUACCACUUUCAUCACCAACGCAUCAGAGUCCUCAACGCUCGCAUUCAUUAUUAUCAGGGUUUUCAAGCUUUAGAAAGAGUGCAAUUAAUCAAAGUUACAAUUCUACAAUUUUAAAAUCCAAAAUUAAAGAAGAAGUUGAAAAACUAAGUGAAUUUGUAUCAAGAUGCAAUUUGAAGUACGAAGAUAUUUCGAUUGCAAAAAUAAAUUUUACGUCAUAUAUUGCUCUAGUAAAACUCACUUUAGAAGGUGGCUCCAAUGACGAUGAGUUAAAGGUAAGGCUAGCCAUGGAUACUUGCAUAAAAAAAUUUUUACCAUCCUGUGAGACAACCAUAGAGAUCGAUAGGAUAUGA